ACCCAAGGCUCCCCCUCUUGCUUCCAAGACUUCCUCUCUCUUCUUAUCUCUCCCCAUAUUUCCCCCCUGACUUGUCCUCUUUUUGUUUUCCCCUGUCUUCUUGCCUUUCCUCCCAAUCUUAUUCCUAUAUGACCUUGCCUUUAUCAAACGAUUUCUGUAUUCAGUAUCAUACGCGCGUUGCUUUGGUAUUUGUUGUCACUGCCAACUCAUCGCGUCUCACCUACUUUUCUCAUCCCUGAUCGUCCCCUACAGCCAAAAAUCUCUUGGCUUAGACACCUGUUGUUUCUCUGAGGGAAAAACGGACUCUGUCCGACUUGUACUGAUUUCUUUUACAACGACUUCCGCUCCCAAGAAAGGGACAAGAAAUUUUCUUGGCAAUGUCGGAACCCCAAGACACCACUUCCCCUUCGACUGCGGCCGCUCCUAUUGCCGCGUCGACCUCGCAGGAGCAAACCCAAACCCAGUCGCCGCCUCAGGUCUCAGUGGCCACGACAUCCUCGGUGACAGCAACGGCAGCUGCAGCUACCGCAGCUGUAGCAAACCCUGCGGUCAAUGGUGCAGCGCGCCCGACCGAGGAGCUGUCCUGUCUUUGGCAAGGAUGCUCUGAGAAGUGUCCCACUCCAGAAGCCCUCUAUGAGCACGUCUGCGAGCGUCACGUUGGUCGCAAGAGCACAAACAACCUCAACCUGACUUGCCAAUGGGGCAGUUGCCGAACCACCACCGUCAAGCGCGACCAUAUUACCUCCCACAUCCGAGUACAUGUGCCUUUGAAGCCUCACAAGUGUGACUUCUGUGGAAAGGCAUUCAAGCGCCCACAGGAUCUGAAGAAACAUGUCAAGACACAUGCGGAUGAUUCGGUUCUGGUUCGGUCACCUGAACCGGGUGCUCGGAACCCGGACAUCAUGUUUGGGGCUAACCCAGCCAAGGGCUAUGCUACAGCUACGCACUACUUUGAACCCGCGCUGAAUCCUGUUCCCAGCCAGGGCUAUACCCACGGAGCCCCUCAGUACUACCAAUCCCACCACCCACCCCAACCAGCAAAUCCGUCUUACGGUAACGUAUACUAUGCGCUUGGUCAUGGCCAUGAGGCUGGUCACGCAUCAUAUGAAUCGAAGAAGCGUGGAUACGAUGCCCUCAACGAGUUCUUCGGUGACCUCAAGCGUCGCCAAUUCGAUCCAAACUCUUAUGCAGCAGUUGGGCAGCGCCUACUUGGAUUGCAAAGUCUGUCUCUCCCGAUCCUGAGCGGUGGUCCACUCCCUGAAUACCAACCCAUGCCUGCGCCUGUGGCAGUAGGUGGCGGAGGCUACAGCCCUGGCGGCCAUCCUCCAGCCCCAGCAUAUCACCUCCCUCCUAUGAGCAAUGUCCGUACCAAGAACGAUCUGAUCAAUAUCGACCAAUUCUUGCAACAGAUGCAGGAUACCAUCUACGAGAACGAUGACCAUGUGGCAGCUGCCGGCGUUGCCCAGCCGGGUGCCCAUUAUGUUCAUGGCGGUAUGAGCUAUCGUACCACAAAUUCACCACCCAGUCAGCUGCCUCCCAGCCAUGCCACGGCCACCACUUCUGCUGGCCCUGUUUUGACCAACCCAGCGACACAUUCACCUUCUGGAACACCCGCGCUCACACCGCCCUCGAGUGCGCAGUCAUAUACCUCGGGUCGGUCGCCCAUUUCCUUGCCGUCAGCAAGCCGGGUGUCACCUCCCCAUCAUGAAGGUGGUUCAAGCAUGUACCCUCGCCUUCCAUCGGCUACCAUGCCCGACAGCAUGACCGCUGGCUACCCGACCACAUCAAGUGCCGCCCCGCCUUCCACCCUGGGUGGCAUCUUUGACCAUGAUGAGCGUCGCCGCUACACCGGUGGCACUUUGCAGCGUGCCAGACCGGAGGAGCGUCAUUUGCCUGAGCCGAUGGAUCUGUCUCAUGACCACAAGGAUGACGGAGAGCGGACACCGCCCGCCAAGCCGCGCCAAGCAUCCUCAUCACCCGGUCGCAUAUCCGCUAGCUUGAUUGACCCUGCUCUUUCGGGUUCGGUGUCUGAAGCAGAGACGCUCCGAACGGCCCAAGCUGCGACCGAGGUUGCUGAGCGAUCCGAUGUGCAGUGGGUUGAAAAGGUCCGCCUGAUUGAGUACCUGCGCAACUACAUUGCAUCUCGUCUACAACGGGGUGAAUUUGAGGGCGACUCGAGAAUGAACCGCGACUCGCACACCCCGGAGAUCGGGCCUGACACCCACAUGGAAGGUGUGGAGACGGAGCCCCUUUCCCGACCUGCCAAGUCUGAGGGUUCUCCGGUGAAGCCUGAGACGGGCGGUGAUGCGGUGAUGUAUCCAACGCUACGGGGAGUGGAUGAAGAUGGUGAUUCUAAAAUGCCCAAUUAAGCGUGUUCUCUUCCCUGUUUUCUCUACUCUUGUGCGUUACAAUCUUACGGCUCAUUACGAAACCGUUGUGGGAGUUUAUCUUUUUUCAUCCUGUUUGUUUGCGCCGAAUACCGUCUGAGUCGGGUAUCGAAUCAUUUACAGUUUCUGUAUGUUUUGUAAGAACCAUCUGGUUUGCACAUUUCCGUUCUUUGUAUAGUGGGAGUUUCCAACUGCGAAUGGAAGGGUGUUUGGGGUACAAAUUCUGAUUUUCUCGUAAUUUAUUUAUUUAUUGAUUAUAUCUAUAUUUAUAUUGAUGUUGCUUCCUUUUCAAAUUUUUACUUUAUCCUUUCCCUUGCACUCUGGCAUUGUUCCUAAGUGUUGUAAAUCUGGGUGAAGUGAGAGAAGCAUUAUGAUUGGUCUUUUACGUUGGUGUCAUGCAUGAAAUGAAAAAACCUUCAACGGGGGAAAGAAAAAGAAAAUAAUAAUAAGUAAAUACAAUGUGCCGUUUGCAACCCUGAAUCAUGUUUGGGUAUCGAGUGCUACUAAUAUAUGUGGUAUUUGGGUCAACUUGGAAGAGGAAGUAUUUCUUGAUGGAUGUUACUGUACCCUUCUGAGAAAAAUCGUCGAUCACCGCGCAGAUCGGGACAUUCCACACUAAACCAAAGACGGGCGAUCAUGACGCAAGCAGAG